AUGUGGAUUGAUUCUACAGAAAAAUGUGAUAUUGAUUUAGUUUUCACACAAUCAUCUGGUUUAUCUAUAUCUGAUGAAAAGAAAUGUAAUACAAAACGUAAAUACUUUAUCACAUACCAAUCUUAUUUCUCAAUUGAGAUCAAUGCUCACAGCCUUAAAUAUCUGACGGUGCUUGUCUCCGAAGGAAAACUUCCCAUCGAAGCACUCCAUACAUGGUUACAAAAUUCGCAAACUUGCGGAAGCACAUUUAGAUCUGCCAGGUCAAUAUCCAGUAUUAAUUCAGCUGGUGUGAAUUUUACAGUGGCACAGUUCCUUAGUAGAAUAAAUAAAUUAAUCACAUUACAAACUAUCAACAAUAAUUCAAGUGAAAAUAAACUACGUUUUCCUCAGCACCAUAAACUAUCAUCAACAACACGUAAUGCCGCAGAUUCAUCGAAUAUAACUAUUAUGUCGAAAACUGAUAUUAAAACCACUGUUCUUAAUGCUUAUAGUUACGCAAUCAAUCUUUUUAAACCAUUGAAAAUCAAACAGCUUUUACGAAAUGGGAAAACAAUAUCAGUGAAAGAACUUAGUAAUAUGAUUUCACGUCGAUUGGAGGAUUUUUGGGCAACGCAAAGUGAUGAUAGUAGCAACAAAAAUCAGGAUUUAGAUACAGAGUCAGGUGAUGAAACUGACAGUGAUAUUGAUAAUGAUCUUGCAUAUGAUUAUGAGAGUGAUGAAGAAAAACGUUUAGAUGAUAACUAUGACACGAUCCAUAAUGUUAACGCAUCUACACAUCACGGAAUAAGAUUGGUUGAUAACGUUAAAGAAGAAUUUGCUCACAGUUACUUUCAAAUUAUCAUUAAUGGUGAUAAAAAAUAUCUUCAUAAACAAGCUGCUUGCUGGAUUUUACGAAAAGAUAGAGGUAAAUUAUCAUCUGAUAGAUUAUCACGGGUUCAAGGUAAAUAACAGCUUCAUUUUCAGCUGUUUUUGUUUAAAUAUGUCUUUGUUAUAUGUCAAAUUGUAGUUUUUCUCUGUUGAAUUGUUGUUGUUUUUUCAUUAAAACUAGCCCAUUUAUUGUAUAUAUCUGAUUAGGAUAAUAGCAACAGAUGUAAAGGACUUUUUUCGAAUGAUAUUCAAAGAAUCUAAUAAUUUGAUGGAUGAUAAAAAAAUCAAUUGAAAAUCAUUGAAAAUCUCUGGAAAUCAAGUUGAAAUCAAAGAAAUCACCAGAAAUCAUGGAAAUCAUUUGAAAUCGUCAGAAAUCACGGAAAUCGCUGGAAAUCAUGGAAAUCACAGGAAAUCACGGAAAUCACAGGAAAUCACGGAAAUCACUGGAAAUCACUGGAAAUCACAGAAAUCAUGAGAAAUCACUGGAAAUCACAGAAAUCAGGAAAUCAGGAAAUCAGUUUUUUCCCCCUUGACCUUCUGUCUCUAUUUUUAUUCUUUCAUGUGUGACCGCUUCUUCUAAUAUAUAGGACAUGUUAAAUAAAAGGAAAUGGACAGUUGUGAGCGUGAAGAUGACACAAGACACCAUCGUGCCGAAAGGCGUAGGCACUCAUCCUCAUAAUUCGUCACAAAUAUCACUUUCAUUUGCUACUCCAAAUGUCUAUGUUGUUGUCGACUUGGAUGGGCGUUGAUAAGGUGCUAUUUUUCACCCAAACCCAUACAACCUGCGAGGAGGCAAAACAGACAAAUUUGACCAAACCUCCUUUAUGGCUGGUCUCUUUUGUAAAUAUGAGUACGUGGUAGUGGUGGUCAGUUAAGUAAAUUCUCUGAUACUUAAUGAUUGCACAAUAAUUACGCAGUAAAAAAAAACUUACGAGGAAAGGUCCCCAACUGUCCAAUCCCAGGUCGAAAUACCAUCAUGCAAUUUAUUGGUAUAUACCAUGCCAUAGGCCAAAGUUCCAGUAAAAUGCCUAUAACUUUGGACAGAAGGCCUAAGGGCCGUUAUCCUUUUGGGGUUUUUCAUAUCUCACUGGGGUCUACCUUAUGCACAGAGUCCGAACUCAAAAGCGAUUGGACAGUUGGGGACCUUCCCUCGUUAGUUGACAGUCAGUGGAGUAGCUGUCAAUAUGUCGGAUACGCUUUGAAAUCCUUCAGGUUAUAUGGUAAUACUUGUUCUUCUCUGUUCAACUAAGUCAUUGAAUGCCCUUCUCAAAAUCUUAAUAAGUUGGGGUGUGGGUGUGGGUGUGGGUGUGAGUGAGUGUGAGCAUUACUGUCAGCUUUACUCACACUCAUGCCCAUACCCCACACUCAUGCCCCACCAACACCCACACCCACACCCACACGCACACCCACACACACCCACACCCACACCCACACCCACCCACACCCACACCCACACCCACACCCACCCACACCCACACCC